AGGUGAAGAUUGUGCACAUCCCAGGAAAAGGGGCAGGACAAAGGGUGACAGUAGUUUCGGAAAUAGGUCCGCACACUUAAAAUCCUUUUUGUUUUGUUUUAUUAUCUCAUGGCUGGAUUUCAUUUCGACUUUAACAGUCUUCAUCCGAUUCUCUACAAACACAGGGGUGCCAGGCAUGUUCUAAUCACCACUCAGACUGUGUUUGUAGAGAAUCUGAUGAAGACUGUUGAAGUCGAAACGUAUGUUCCUGAAUGUACUGUGUGAUGCACAGCCAGGGGCAGACAUCCCGUGCGGGUUCAGAAAGUAAAAACCCUGCCAUAUUUGCUUUUGCCAAUUCAAUGAAACAGUUGAUCCUAAAUACUAAAACCCUUCAGCCAGGUUGAUGAGCUAAUGAAGUUUGGUGUUCGUCUUCCAUGGUCAGAAAGAAUAUGUGGCAGGACGUUUAGGCCUACUCUCUUAACCCCUUAGCGCAGAGCCUUAUAACCUUACUGUCACCAAAAUUGUAAUGGCUAUGUCUUAAUCCGUUACUUAAGGCUCUUGGUACUGUCAAUAGCAAUGUUGUUGUGAUGUAGUUGAGUAUUUUCAUCAAAUACUGAAUAGGCCCGACGGCAACCCGAUCUGCAGUAAGAGGCUACUACAUUUUGGCCACCCCUGCGCACAGUAGAAAAAAAAGUAACAGCUUUUUGUUGUUGCACUCAGACAUGGAGGGGAAAGUCAUCAUAUUCCCGGUGGAAUCCGACACGGCCCAUGUGAGGGUGACUCCUAUGAUGAAGGCGAAGUCGUUCUCUGCCGUGACCGUGUGCCUGAGGUUCUUCUCUGACUACAACAAGGAGCAGGCGCCGUUCUCUCUGUCGGUUCCAACACACGCUGACGGCUUUGUGUUCAUCCGAGGGAACGGCAGAUACAGAUUGUACAUCAAAGACAGAGGCGUCGUCUUCCAUGGUCUGCCGACCCCGUUGAACAGGUGGAACUCUGUCUGCGUGACCUGGGAGAGUGCCACAGGCCUGGCCCAGUUCUGGGUGAAUGGAGUACCCAGUGCGAGAAAAGCGAUUUGGCCCGGCCAGUCGAUCGCUGGGACCCCCAUCAUCAUGCUCGGCCAAGACCAGGACACAUAUGGUGGUAGAUUUGACAAGCAUGACGCUUUUUACGGACACGUCACUGAUAUCCACAUGUGGGACAAUGUGCUUUCUCCUGAGGAAAUCUGGCCGUACAUGCGCUGUGUCGUUCCAAGGCCUGGCAAUGUUGUGAACUGGAAUAACCUGGAUUAUGCCAAUCAUGGCUAUGUGGUUGUUGAGAGAAAGCAAUAUAACUUUUGCCGUUGAGUCUGAAAAGCGGGGCAAAGUAGCAAAGUAAUUGCUAAAUUUGGAAUUAACGCUGAAAAAUGUUUGAUUCCGCACUGGUUAUAACAACACCUACCAUAGGGAUUGUAUCAUAAAAUACAAAGCUUUACUAGAUACCCUGGCCUGAAUUUUUUUUUUGGCAUACUUUCACUCCUUAAGACAUGGUAUUAUAAAUUAGCUGUUGCCAAAAUGGCAAUGACCAAGUCGUAAUGUAUUACUAAA